UGAAAAUUAUCGUCGUUGCCGAUAUUAUCAUUAAUCAAUUGCCAUUCAAAACCGGUCGCCCCCGUUAGUGUCUCUUUGUUUUCCCGAUCAAUUUGGCGUGGAAGACGAAUGGCGACGGCCCAGCUGUACGUGAUCUCUCUCUCUCUGCUACUUCAGCUGCUGCAGGUUGUUGCAGCUGAACCAGCACCUGUCCUUAAGUCGAACUCUAAGAUUCUUCAGGAGUCAAUCAUUGAGAUCAUAAAUGGAAACCCCAGAUCUGGAUGGGAAGCUGUUAUGAGCCCCCGAUUCUCUAUUUACAAGGUUGGGCAAUUCAAGCGCCUACUUGGGGUCAAACCAACACCACAACAUGAUUUAAAAAGUAUCCCUGUUGUUGUCCAUCCAAAAACCUUGAAAUUGCCGGAUCAAUUUGAUGCCAGGACAGCUUGGUCUCAAUGUAGAACUAUUGGGAAAAUACUUGACCAGGGCCAUUGUGGUUCUUGUUGGGCUUUUGGUGCCGUUGAGUCCCUUUCUGACCGUUUCUGUAUCCAUUUUAACAUGAAUAUAUCUCUAUCAGUUAAUGAUCUCUUGGCGUGCUGUGGCUUUAUGUGCGGUGAUGGUUGUGAUGGUGGUUAUCCUAUUUAUGCAUGGCAAUACUUUGUAGACAAGGGUGUUGUCACUGAGGAGUGUGACCCGUAUUUUGAUCAGACCGGAUGUUCUCACCCAGGUUGUGAACCUGCAUAUCCGACACCAAAGUGUACGAGGAAGUGUGCAAACAACAAGCUCCCCUGGAACAAUUCGAAACACUUCAGUGUCAGUGCAUAUAGAAUAAACUCAGAUCCCCAGAAUAUCAUGGCAGAAGUUUAUAAGAAUGGACCAGUUGAAGUAUCUUUCACUGUUUAUGAGGAUUUUGCUCACUACAAGUCUGGAGUUUACAAACACAUUACAGGCGAUGUCAUGGGAGGUCAUGCUGUAAAGCUAAUUGGAUGGGGAACUAGUGAGGAUGGGGAGGACUACUGGCUUCUUGCGAAUCAGUGGAAUAGAAGCUGGGGUGACGAGGGAUACUUCAAGAUCUUAAGAGGUAGUAACGAGUGUGGCAUUGAAGAGGAUGUGGUUGCUGGCUUGCCUUCAACCAGAAAUUUGAUCAAACAAUUGCCCAACACCCAUACAAUUCUCGAUGUGUUAUUCUGAUGAUAGCAGCAGCAGUAGCAGCAGCAUUAUUCUAUUCUAUGUUAUGUAAGCAUGACGCGCGCGCGCGUGUUGGAGUCAAUGCUUAACCUAAUAAUUAUAUAUACUAAUUAACUUAUGUACUAUUAAAUAUUAUGUAAGUACAAUAAUUAAGAUGAAAUAGAGGGAGAUGCAAUCUGCGCUUCUUGUU